CUCCCUUUAGAGAAACAAAGACUCCUGAAGAGCUUGGGUGUCGGACUGGCCAGUAGACAUGGCCGGUGCGUGCCCGUGUGCCAGGCCGAGAGGGGAGGGCCUGCAGCCACACCCUCCCCGGGGACAGCGCUGCGCCAGGAGCCCUGCCGGGUGCAGACCAACCUGGCCGGCCCUGGCCCCAGCCUGGGCCUCGCCCUGAAGGACACCACUGGGUGGCUGAUCAACUCCAGCUUCCGGCAGCAGAGCAACCUGCAGCCCCUGGCCUGGAGGCCCCAAGGGAGAGCCCAAGAGUUUGCCAUCCAGCAGAGUAACCUGAGCAUCAGGGAGACCAGCGUGGCUGAGUGUGGACGUCACACCAGCCCCCGCCUCUGGCUGGAGCCUCAGGAAAGCUGGCCCAACUUGAGGCCCCGGGAAAGCCCCCUAUCCCGAGGGCCACUGGAUCGCCCAUCCUCCAGCCUGAGACGGUCCCGGCUGCUGGCCACAGACACUCGCUGCCCAGAUGUCCGGCCCACUGCAGGCCUGGCCCCUCUCAAUUGGCACACACAGCCGGGCCUCAGAUCCCGGUGUGGCCUGGGGGGCUCGACCUCCAGGCUCGUGGGGGAGCCCCUCACCCUGGAAGACCUGGCUGUCCCUGCCUGGAGCCGGGCUUGGGCCCCAUCGCAAGCUGCCAUCCACCAGCUACUGGCCUCCGUUCGACGCCUGGAGCACGAGGCAGCCCAUUUCAGGUGCCAGGCAUCCCGGGAAUCCUCAGGCCCUGUGCAGCGGGAGCCCUGGACCAGUGCUGGUCAGGCAGUCCCUGCUCACCCCCAGCCAAGCCAGCCAGUUCUUGCGUCCUGCAAUGAGAGGAAAAAACACUCUGGAGAUCUCAGGGAAACCGUGGGUUUCCCAGAGACCCCAGGGAUCCAGGAUGGUCUCUCAGACUCUCAGGCAAGCAACAAGCCUGCACGGAUGGAGACCACUUUGCAGAUGCUGCCUGGGGAUGCCCUUGACCCUGAGCAGGGCAUCCUUGGUGCCCACCGCCUAAGGCGAGGAAAGAAGUGCUCCCCCGGGACUACAUAUGGCCGGGGGCAGAGGGGGGACCCCUUGCUCUCUCAAGGUGUGGGCAGCAGGGAGGCCAGCCUCUGCUCUUUAGCCUCCUCCAGUUCAGCCUGGGACGUCCUCCCUGGGCAGGAAGGAGGGGAGGUGACCCCAUGGGAGCAGAUCAGCAAGGAGGGAGAGAGGCUGGCUUCCUGUCCGCCAGACACGGCCCCCACGAGGACUGCCCUGCAGGUAGAGACCAGAGGAGUCUGGGAGUGGGAGUUGGGGCCUCAGGGACUGGGGGGGCUGCCUCCUCCUGGGAAUUCUCACUCUAAGCUGGCUGUCACUGCCCUGUCACCCUCCCUCAGAAAGGGAGGCCAUGCAGGCAGGCUUGGCAGGGGGUGUCCAGUCCUGCUUGCUUCUCGGCCUGAGAGCUGUAUCAUGUUCCUUUGCUUUCCAAGAACAAAUUCCGAAACACUGGAAGCCUGGAGUCUGAGGCUGCUCGCUGGCAGUGGGCGGUCCAGAUGUUUCAGAGGGUGGUGGCGCUUGGUGCAGAGGCAGCGGGCAGUGGCGGCAGCCGUGGCGCUGGGCCGCCGGCAGCUGUUGCGCAGGGGUCUGCGGGCGCUGUGGUGGGCACUGUGGCUCCGGGAAGCCCAGAUGGAGGCGGCGUCGGGGCGACACAUGCAGGUCCUGCUGAACCGGGCCUUCCAAAAGUGGAGAAACCUGACCCAGCAGCAGAAACAGGGGCAGCCCCAUGUGCAGGCCGGACCAGGACCCCCACCCUCCAGGGCAGGCCUGGACCAAGGCUUCUCAGGAAGGAAGCCAGCGGUGGAUGCUGCCCAGAGAAACAGUCCAGGAAGUCUGAGGGAAGAGGCUGGAGCUGGGCCAGUUCCACUGCAUUCUGGGCCGAGGCCAGAUGGAGGAAACGGGGCAGUCCAGAUUCUGCAUGCUGUGCCACAGCUGGCCGUCUUCCUCCUGUGGUGCCAUCAGAAGGAAUGGGCCAUGCAAGAGAGGGGGGUCCAGGCAGAGGCCUCCCAGGCCACGGUGAGGACUAGAGGAGGGAGAGACCCCCCCCAGGCCUGGUGCUCUCCUGCUGCACAUGCAGCCUGGGUGGCCCCACUGGACACCCAGCGCCGGACAGCCUGGCUCUGCAGGUGCUUUGGGGCCUGGCAGCGUUUCGUGCAAAGAGGGACCCAGUACCGGAAACAUGUGGCCAGCCGCCGGGUGGGGACCCUGAGGGUGUGCCUGCAGCAGUGGGUGCAGAUGAAGCGGCUCCGGGCCUCAGAUGGGGCGAAGGUGACCCAGCUGACCCUUUGCCGGCAGAAGGCGGGGAACAUGGUCCUCCUCCUCAGUUCAGCCCCUGGAAGGGCCACAGCCUGUGGCCUGAGGGUGGUGGGACUGCCCCAGGAGCAAGGCCAGGCCUCCCUGAAGGAAGCCUGCCGGAGACUGGCCCUCCACCGGACACUGCUGCUCUGGAGGACACGGCUCUCCCAGCGCCAGCAGGCUGACUCCUUCUUUCAGGAGGUGCAGCGCCGGGUGCUUCGGCACAUCCUGAGGGGGUGGCGCCUGAGGGCACAGGAUCCAGGCAGGACCACCUUGGUCCCAGAACCACUGGGCGGCAUCCUGGGAAGGGAGGCCUGGCGGGGCUGCAACACACCCCACAGCUCACUGGAGAAGGCUCCCAGGGCCUCCGCUCUCCUGGAGACCCUCCGAAUGAAAUUCCUAUGGGCAGCUGGGCGGCGGCAGCAGGAGAGGUGUCUUGUGCUCUGGCAGGCAUGGGCCCAGCAGUCCCGAAGCACAGCAAGAUGGCACCAGAGCAUCCUUCAGAGGCGCGUCCUCCUUGGCUGGAGCCACUGGGCAACAGCCCAAGGAGCCCAGAGAGAGCUGGCUGCCCGCUGGGCCUGGGAUCGGAGCUGCCGGGCCACGCUGGGUCUGUGGCGGCGGCGGCUAGUGCAGCGGCGGGAGGCGGAGCAGUGGGCCCAGGAGUGGGGCCGGAGACUGGAGCAGCGUGCCCUGGGCCACUGGCACUCGUGCUGGCAGAGGCAGCAGCUUCUGGGUGAAAAGUACCAGAGGUGGGUGCAGGUCCGGCUCCAGGGCCUGCGGAGGGCUGUGUUCCGGGGCUGGCGGCAGGCGGCAGCUCGUCGGAGACGUGCAGCGACUGGUCCAGAGCAGCUCCUACUGCAGAGCCCCUUCCAGGCCCGGUUUGGAGUCAUGAGAGAUACAGGGAUGCCGUGGGCCAAGCAUCCAGCCUUCCAGGAUGGCCCAAGGAGACAGGCUCUGGAGGCCACAUCUGCCACGUGGUGGGAAGUCCCAGUGACCACAGCUGAGGCUCAGAAGCAGCGCGGAGCCCGGGUCUCCUUCACCUGCUGGAGCAGCCGCCGUGUGCAGGGGUGCCAGGUGGAUAGGCAGCUGAGGAGGGACCGAGCCCACCAGGCCCCCAUUGCAGGGCAAGCAGCCCUGGGCCAGUGCUUCGAGACCCGCCAGCAGGCAGAAGAGAGAGUCCGGGCCCAGGCCCUGUGCUGGACGCUGUGGGUGCGUGAGUCCUGCCUACACCAGGCCGGCCGAGCCCACGCUGCCCGGAAGCUGAGCGCCAGCCCACACUCCAGGGUCCUUGAGGCCUGGGCCCAGUCAGCAGCCCAGGGCCGUGUCCAGCGAACCUCCGUCACCCAGUUCCAGCAGGCUGGGCCCAGAGCCCACCCCAGGCCCAGGGUGGACGUCAGGCACUGGCUCAGGCUGGCCACCAGAGGGCACCUCCUGGUGCUGAUGACUGCUCCAGCCCCGGGAAGGGGAAGCAGACCCGCAGCUGCAGGCCACUAGCCACAAAGCCCAGGCUGCCUGGCCCAACCCAGCACCAGAGCCCCAGUGGACAGAGGAAGCGGAGAGAAACAUCCUGGGCUCAGGGUAAGGAGAUGCUCCCUCUGGGGAUACACA